CAUCGCACUCCAUCUCUCUGGGUUCCCACAAAGGUCUUGCAGUACCAGAGAGUGAAGUGAAUGGUUAUUGAGCAGUGAGCUUACGCGCGGUUCUCUUCGUCCCAUCAUAGCUGGGACAGUUUAAAGUUUUAUGCUUUGGAAGUCCAGUGGGAAGUUUAAAGCUUUGUACACUUCACGACCGACUUUUCAUUUUGUGAAAUUGCUUCUCGUGUGUGCGUUGCGGCUGUGCAGGAUAGGAAUUUGGACUUCUUCAGAAGGAUUUUAAGCGGUUGUAAUUGUGAAUUUUUCAACGUAUUUCUUAGUCUAAUUUCUGUUGUGAGUGGUGGACCAGAAGGACUAUAGUAGCAGUUAAUCGGAGUCAAAGCAAGAUUCUAAGCAUUUCUUACGUUGUGCAAGUGGUUUGUUUUUAUCCAUCGGCACCUACGUCUGCUAUUCCGUCGCACCUCACGACAUAAUUUGUUAAUCUGAGCGACUUUUCCCUGUGUUUUGUUUUUAAAAGUUGUUUGAUAUUAUUUGUAUAAGGUCAUCUAGGAACAAUGAUGGACAGAAACGGAAUAGUAACUAAGGUGCAGAGCCGCAUACGCGUGGAUUCCUUUAGCAGUAAUUACAGCCUAGUGGGCAAAGAAUUGGGCAGAGGAAAAUUUGCUGUUGUGAAGAAGUGUAUAGAGAAGAGUACUGGGAAAGAGUACGCUGCCAAGUUUCUGAAGAAACGCAGGAAGGGAGAGGACUGUCGCACUGAUAUAAUGAAUGAAAUAGCUGUCCUUGAAACUGCUAAAUCAAAUCCUUACAUCGUAGACCUUCAUGAAGUAUAUGAAACCAACAGGGAGAUAAUCCUGGUGCUAGAAUAUGCUGCAGGAGGCGAAAUCUUCAACCAAUGUGUUGCAGAUCAUGAUGAAGCCUUUACAGAAAAAGACGUAAUUAGACUUGUUCGUCAGAUCUUGCAUGGUAUUGCAUUUCUUCACAGGAACAGUGUUGUGCACCUGGACCUAAAACCUCAGAACAUUCUCCUGACUAACACAAAUCCACUUGGAGAUAUUCGAAUUGUGGACUUUGGUCUGUCCAGAAGAGUAGACAGCAUGGAGGUCCGAGAAAUACUAGGCACUCCAGAGUAUGUAGCCCCUGAAAUCCUGAGCUAUGAACCAAUCAGCACAUCAACUGAUAUGUGGAGUGUAGGUGUCUUAACAUAUGUCAUGUUAACGGGUGAAUCCCCAUUCUUGGGGGAUACCAAGCAGGAAACUUUUCUGAACAUUUCAAAGUUGAAUAUCAGCUACUCUCCAGAUGUGUUUGAGGGCGUGUCUGACCUGGCAGUGGACUUCAUUAAAUGCCUCCUGAUCAAAAACCCAAGAAAAAGGGCAAAAGCUGACCAGUGCCUGAAGCAUCCGUGGCUUGUCUCUACAUGUACAGAUGUACCAAAACCUCACAAAGAGAGCACUGAACAGUCUGACUCUGAACCAAGCAGCCCAGAGGAAUCUGAUGAACUGGUGUUAAUGGCAUCUUACACAGUGCAUUGUCCAUUCAGACAAAUGGACAACAUGGACACGGAAGAAACUGAACUCAAAACUGUGCGGAAACCUUUUGCAGCUUUGAAGGAGAUACCACCUGAGCUUGUGUGUUGACAAGUGCCUACUGGGAUUUUAGACUGGGGUAAAUGCUUGGGCUUACAUUUAGCCAUUAUGAGCACUGCAUUGCCCUUUCAUAAAGGGUAGGUGCUAAGCCUCGUGUUUCCACAGGGAUCAUUUCAGGCUGCAGCAGAGACCAUUUCUUCAGACCUCAUUUAAGAACAUAGGCUAAAGUGGCUUUUCCUGGGAGGCCUGAAAGCAGAGUCUUUGCACCGUUUAUAAUGUUGUUACUCCUUACAGAGACUCUGGUCUUUUGGCCAUCUGUCUGAACUUCCAGCAAGUCAAAAUCUAAAGGGAGUGUGUAUCUUGUGUUUGGGUGAGUGAAUGGGGAUGACACCCUGGGAUAUUUGAGAUCUGGUUGAGUGGAUGGUAAUGGCACCCCCUGAAAUGAGGGACUUUCAGAAUGUGUAGUGACGGUGUCUGUGUGAAACCUUGCAGAAGGUCUGUCUGUGUACUUAAUUGUACACCUCUUUGCCAUCCCCCUUUAGCAUGACCAUAAGUAUAAGGAGAAGAAUGCUGUAUAAGCAACAUUGUUAAACUGGAAGGUUUUAAAAUGGGCAAAAUAAUAUACAGGAGGAACUGUUUGGGUACUAAAUUAUAUUUGGGACAAUUUUUUGCAGCUAAGCGACCUCCACAUGAAAAUGCUGUUAAGUAUACAGACCUGUACAGCUUGUUUUGCCCCCCACAGUGGGUGAAACUCUGUGAUAGAAUCCACUGGAGCUUCAGAGGGAGCAGUAUGAUUUUUUUAAAGACGUAUCACCACUGUUUACUCUUGCUAAGGCAAGCUAUGCCACUCAACAAUUGUAGAAGGCAUUUGCAUAGGCUGAGUGCAUCUCACCAUUUUGCUUUGUGCAGAGGGAUGAAGCACAGUGCGAAAAACCAAUUUACAUACAUUUUCUGCCGUAUUUUUUUGCUCGUUUAAAAACGAGUACACCAUUUUUAAUUUGCUACCAUUUUCUUCAUAAUAUUUUAAGACUAAAAUGCAGCUCAUUGAGGAUCAGAGUUUAGAGGAAGGUGUUUUGAGUUCCAAGGUACACUGAAGGAUGUGGUUUCAAGUAGCUGCAGGCUAAACCGCUUUAGAUCACAUUGCUCUUAGUAAAAAAGGUUUGUUAUUGGGAUGGGUGUGGCAUGCUAACAAAUUGGCAUAGCUAUAAGAACAUUCUCAAGACAGAUUACAGUCUGUGACUUUACUGUUUUGUGUCUGUGAUGUGUAAUAAAUGAGCACUUUGUUCUGAUACAUUGUGGUAUCCUAGAGUACUACGUGUGUCCUGUGAAUGCCAAACUUGAGGCAAAUUUAUUCACAGUUUAAAGCAAAUUGAUAAUCACAUUGCACUGAUUACCAUUUGUAAUGUACCCCACAGCUCUUCUGGAAGUUGGCAAUAGUGAAUGUAAAAGAGCUUCUUCAGUUUUCCAAACCCAGAUGCUUUUUACCUUUAAUGUUUUCUUUCCAAGAUGUUUGAUUUCAUCUGUGUAGCUUGUAUAAAAUCAUACAAAAAAAUUGACUUUUAAUCCUGUCUUGAACUGUUGCAGCUGCUAAGAAUUUGCCAAGGUGCUUUAGAACCACGUUCAGGCUACAUAGGUCAUGAAAACUGACUAGUUUUAAGUAGUAUUUUCCACAUCCUUUUGUGCAGCACUCAGAGUUAUUAUUACCUUUAUUAUUCAUUUUCAGAUAAUCAUUUUAAAUGGUUUGUGUAUUUUUUUAUUUUUAUUAUUGGGUUAUUUAAAUGAGCAUGGUUUUAAUUAAACCUUGCUUAGAAAAUAUUGUGCUUAUUUGGUUGCUAAUGCUACUGUUAAUAAAAAAAAAUUGCUACUGGUAUAAUUAUGAAAAAGAAGUUGGAAUUUACCAGAACUAUGAGAAUAAAGUUUAGAAAUUGU